CGCAGCGGCUCGCAGCCUUUUCUCUCAGCUCCUCUCGGAAGGAAACACGGAAGGAGCGGUUCAUCCGCAGACAUCGGACGGCGAGAGCGGAAGUCAGCAGAGACCUGUCCGCCUUAUGACUGACAGGUAACUCCAGUGGAACCUUACGCUUUGCUGUUUGUGGAAGUCGUUAGAGAAUGACGCCAUUGUGAAGCAGGAGACCCCGAUGGAGCGCCUUCACUGGGUGCGGCAUCGCUGUCGACAGCUGCUGGGAGCAGACUCGGCACAGGGAUGUUGUACUCCCCAGGAGUCCCACCAAGGACCCUCAGACACAAACUGCUCCCCACGGAGAGUCACAGAAAAGCGUAGAAUUGUGUGCACUUGCCAUGGAUCCAACCAAAAAGAGUUUGAAGCUGUGACCAAAAACUACAAAACCAACGCCAUACGCACCACUAAGUACAGCUUGUUGUCCUUCAUUCCCAUGAACCUCUUUCAGCAGUUUCACAGAGCUGCUAACCUCUACUUCCUCUUCCUUGCAUUGCUGAAUUGGGUUCCAGUUGUUGAGGCCUUUCAGAGGGAAAUUACCAUGAUUCCAUUAGUCGUAGUUCUCACUGUGAUUGCCAUCAAAGAUGCUCUGGAGGACUACAGACGCUACUUGUUUGAUAAGAAGGUCAACAACAAUGUAGUGCAAGUGUAUUGUGGCACUCAGAGAGCUUAUAUAGACCAUCGCUGGAAGGAUGUGAGGGUUGGAGACUUUGUUCGUCUGUCCUGCAAUGAAAUCAUCCCUGCUGACAUGCUGUUGCUGUAUUCCUCUGAUCCUCGAGGGAUCUGUUACAUCGAAACAGCCAACCUGGAUGGUGAAACCAACCUAAAGCAGAGAGAAGUGAUUUCUGACCUUCCACUGCAGGGCUCAGAGUUAACUCCUGAGAACUUUCACAGUCGCAUUGAAUGUGAGCAGCCCAACAACGACCUGAGGCGCUUUAGGGGCUAUAUAGAGCAUUCCAGUGGGCUCCAUGUCGGCCUCCGUAACACCAACCUCCUGCUGAGGAGCUGCACCAUCCGCAACACUGAAAUGGUGAUAGGCAUUGUCAUCUAUGCUGGCCAUGAGACUAAGGCCAUGAUGAACAACUCUGGACCAAGGUACAAACGGAGCAGCCUGGAGAGGCGUCUGAACACAGACAUCCUGUGGUGUGUGUUCCUUCUGCUCAUCAUGUGUUUGAUCGCUGCCACGGGUCACGGACUCUGGCUGAAGAACCUCAGGGACCCUCCAUUCCAGGUGGGCGGAGAGACUUCUCCUGCACUGGGUGGAUUCUAUGUAUUCUGGACGAUGAUCAUUGUGCUGCAGGUGCUGAUUCCUAUUUCUCUGUAUGUGUCCAUUGAGAUCGUGAAACUGGGUCAGAUCUACUUCAUCCAUAAUGACUUAGCCCUGUACAAUGAGCAGCUGGACUCAAAGAUCCAGUGUCGGGCCCUGAACAUCACUGAGGACCUAGGUCAGAUCCAGUACCUGUUCUCUGACAAAACCGGUACCUUAACAGAAAACAAGAUGGUGUUUCGCCGGUGCAGUAUCUUUGGGGUUGAAUAUCCUCAUGAGGAAAACGGUCGGAGGCUGCAGGAGUAUGAGGCCGAGGAGAUCAGUGGUGCUGGUUGUACUGUUCCGUCCAGAUCAGACGGCAGAAGGAAAUCUCUGAGUUGUCGCUCUCUCAGCUGCAAUCGCAGCUCGGUGUCUCUACACACUCUGACUGCCGAGGUAGCUGAGGAUGACCCACUGACCAUCAGGCACAACGCCAGCACCUUCUGCAGUCACUCGGAGAGGAAUGUGAUAACUGACUCUGAGCUGGAGGGGAAGUUGAAUUGGCUUUGUCCUUCUGUGCUGCCUGACUUGUCGUCUGAGAGCCCAUCCAACGUAGAGCUCACCUACAUCACUGACUUCUUCUUAGCUUUGGCUAUCUGUAACAGUGUGGUGGUCUCCUCACCCAGCCAGGAUCCACACCUGGUGUCUGAAGGACAAAACCCCCUCAGGUCGCUGGAGGAAACUAAGCUGAGUCAAGGACUUGCCUCUUCUCCUUGGUCAGCUCUGUCCAACAUUCAAGAUAAUCAUCUCAACUUUAGUAGUGGGAUGUUUACACAGGGGAAGAUGGGAGAGAGAAGAAACACGAAGAGUUUCGACCAAGGCCAUCGAAGCAACCUAACAACGUCCACUGAUUCUGCAAUGGUCUUACCUACCAGAGGAACGGGACCAGUGAACAACUGGGAAACAGAGGAUAACUCCAGGGAUACAAACCCGUGUGAGGCUAGACAUAGUUUGGAGGACUUGAUCCAAGUGGAGAGUUCCGACAGUGGUGCUGAUGAUGAACUACUGUACGAGGCAGAGAGUCCAGACGAGGCGGCUCUGGUUCACGCAGCUCGAGCUUACCGAUGUAUUUUGAGAGGUCGCACUGCAGAGAGUUUGCUGGUGGAUCUUCCUGGCUUUGGCUGUUUGUCUGUUCAGCUCCUCCACACACUUCCCUUUGAUUCCAACAGGAAGAGGAUGUCUGUUGUGGUCCGACACCCUCUCACACAGCAGGUAGUAGUCUACACUAAGGGAGCAGACUCUGUCAUCAUGGACCUGUCUGAAACACCAAAAGAGGCAGAGCAGACUCGUGAGAUCUACAGUCGAGUCAGAGAAGAGACACAAAAGCACGUGAACUUUUAUGCCAGAGAAGGUCUUCGCACGCUCUGCAUCGCAAGGAAGAUUCUGGAGGAAGGAGAGUACAAAUUGUGGCAACAGAGACAACUGCUGGCAGAGAAGAGCAUUGAGAACAGAGAGCAGAUGUUGCUGGAAUCAGCUCAGAGGCUGGAAACUAACCUCACUUUGCUCGGUACUACUGGGAUUGUGGACAGGUUACAAGAGGAAGUUCCUGAGACCAUUGAAGCUCUUCAGAGGGCUGGGAUCAGAGUGUGGGUUCUCACUGGAGACAAGCAGGAGACAGCCAUCAACAUUGCCUAUGCCUGCAAACUCAUCCAUGACGAUGACCAGCUGCUGAUGGCCAGUUGUGACAGCAGGGAUGCCUGUGGACCUCUACUGGAGGAGCUCAAAGUGGAAGCACAGUGCCGUACGGACAGCUGGACAGAGGUCCCUGGAGGACAGGAGUCCUCCUCAGGCAGAGUGGCUGGUUUUAUUCUCAUUAUCGAUGGUCUGACUCUGGACUGGGCUCUACAGGAGGAAGUGAGCGGCAGCUUCCUGGAGCUGAGCUGUGCCUGCCGGGCGGUGAUCUGCUGCCGCUCCACUCCUCUGCAGAAGAGUCAGGUGGUCCAGCUGAUUCGGACCCAGCUGGGUGUCAUGACGCUGUCUGUGGGUGAUGGAGCCAAUGAUGUGAGCAUGAUUCAGGUGGCUGAUGUGGGGAUUGGGAUUUCCGGACAGGAAGGAAUGCAGGCCGUGAUGUCCAGUGACUUUGCCAUUUCCCGGUUCAAACACCUCAGUAAGCUGCUGUUGGUCCACGGUCACUGGUGUUACUCCCGUCUCACUCACAUGAUCCUUUACUUCAUCUAUAAAAAUGUGAUGUUUGUAAAUCUGUUGUUCUGGUACCAGUUCUUCUGCGGUUUCUCUGGAAGCGUCAUGACCAACUCCUGGGUGCUCAUCCUCUUUAACCUCAUCUUCACUGCCAUUCCCCCCCUCAUCUAUGGCAUCCUUGAUCAAAACACAGCUGCAGACACUCUGAUGGGGCAACCUGAGCUGUACCGGACUCCCCAGGCCUGCAAGCUCUUCUCUCCUCAGAUGUUCUGGAUCACAGUCCUGGAUGGUUUUUACCAAAGCCUUGUUUGCUUCUUUGUGCCUUACUUUGCGCUGGCAGGAUCGGAUGUUGGAGAACUGUCCUUUGGCUCUCCAAUCAAUGCUUCAGCGCUUCUCAUCAUUCUGCUGCACCAAGUCAUUGAGAGCAACAUCCUGACAUGGAUUCACGGUCUGGUGUUGCUGCUCAGUGCUGGCUCCUACGUCGUCUUUGUGCUGUUCUUCAGCGUGUAUUGUGUCAGCUGCAGCCCCCCAACCAACCCACUGGGGGUGGAAACACUCCAGAUGUCUCAACCUCUCUUCUACAUCAUAUGUGCUCUCACUACUGUGACAGCUCUGUUACCCAGGCUGCUGCUUCGAGUUCUGCAUAACACCAUGCACCCGCCUCCACGCCUGGCAUCCUCUCAGAGGGUCCAAGUGGAUUCAGACAAGUUCCACAGAACAGUGCAGACCUGGAGCUGGGAGCGGGCCAGAGACGGCAGGCUACUAGUGAGUGCCGACAACCCUGCCCUGGAGCCCAGCGUGGCCUGAGCCCAGACUCUUCCCCGUUCCCACUGCGCCUGGCCCUGAGGGAUGGGAAACCCGACUGCAUCAACUGCACUGAUGAUUUUGAUUUCAGAUUAAAACAGAAACUGUAGAAACUCAUCAUCACAUCAAAAUCCAGGAUGAUAAUGGCAAAAGAGGCUGGCUGAACAAAUGGCAAGUUGCUGCCAUGUGAUACGUGAAAAUGUAAAUAUCCUCAACUGAUGUGACGAACUGUCACCGAGUUCCAUCCAUCCACCUUCUAUAGUGCUGUAUGCUGCUGAGGGCACAGACGUCGCAUACGGAGACCCUCGUCCACGCUGCUGAGGAGUGGAGCCGACGCCUGCGUGGCGGCCAUCUUGGCACGGUGGACAUGGGUUCCACAGCACAUUAAGGAAUGAUCUGUCUCAUUAUAAAUGUGAUCAUAAAUCGAUCAGUUUUCAACUUCUCUUUUUCAGUUUAUUAUAAACAUCACACAUGGAGGACACACAGACAUAAAGAGAAUGAAAUGAACUCAUACUGUUCAGGCUGAUUGAGAUUUUUAUUGAGAGAACUGGUUUAAGGAUGUAUAUUGUUCUUCAUUAUUAUUAUGAUUAUAUGAUUCUGAUCAUUAUCAUAUUAGAUUGUUAUAUCUAUUAUCACAAUUAUUAUAAUUAGUUAUUAGCCAUCGCGUAACACGUAGUGUAACGGCGAAGGGUAUUGUUCUUGCUCAGUUUCUUCUGUAUUAUUAUUAUUCUUUGUCCCACGAGAAUGCAUUUUUGACCCCCUGAACGUAGCUGAAUGUGGGGUUUUUUGGUAUCUACGCGACCGGCCCGGCGAAAAAUUCGAUAAAAUGUAUACCUCCACAGUGACAGAUCAACACUGGCUCAACAGCGCCACCUACAGUCAGACCCCUACGGCCCACAGAGAGGGCAUAUUUUGACAUAGGAACACGAAAUUCACAGCAGUGACAGAGCAUGAGGGGACAAACAGAAAACUCUCUGGGCUCAAAUCUGUGGGACCAACAGGAAGGCGGCCAUCUUGGAUACAAAAAUCGCCACCAUUUCGCUUUUCAUUUUUCAAAUGAA